CUCGCCCCUUCCCGCUGUUCUCUCUCUCUCCAUCCGUUGCGAUCGUGUCUUCCACCGGCAGCAUCCUCUCCGUCCGGCGACCGCUGCUUUCUCUCCUUAACCGGUGGCAUUCUCUCCUCGUCCGCUGUUCUCUCUCUAAAAUCAGGUCAUGGCUGAACAAGAACCAUCACCCUUAACUUAUGUUCCUGAAACUGUAUUAAAGAAGAGGAAGGAUAAUGAGCAGGCAGUAAUUAGAAGGAAAGAGCAAGCUGAAGCUCGGAAACUAAGGAGCAAAGAGAACCGUAAAUUACAAUUUAAGCGGGCUGAACAGUUCAUUAAGGAGUACAGACUGCAGGAGCUGGAUAGCUUCAGAUUGAAGCGAAACAAGAAAAGGCAAAAAUCAUCCCACGAGACACCUGAAUCCAGAUUGUUGUUUGUAACACGUAUUGGCGGGACAAAUGAUAUGCAUCCAAAAACAAAGAAAAUCCUUUAUCUAUUGCGCCUAAGGAAGUUAUUCUAUGGUGUCUUUAUCAUUUUGAACAACAAGACGGCAAAACUAUUGAAAGUGGUGGAACCUUAUGUUACGUAUGGAUAUCCUAACUUAAGGAGCAUAAAGGAGCUGAUCUUGAAAAAGGGAGUUGGCAGGAUAAACAAGGAGAGAAUCCCACUCACAGAUAACUCCAUCAUUGAGAAGGCAUUGGGAAAACAUGGCAUCAUUUGCAUCGAAGAUCUCGUUCAUGAGAUUGCUUCAGUGGGAUCUCAUUUCAUGGAAGCCAGCAGCUUCCUUCAGCCAUUCAAGCUGCGUGCACCUGAUGGUGGCCUGCAGAGGAUGAAAAAACAUUUCAAGGAUGGUGGUGAUGCUGGAAACAGAGAAGAUCUAAUCAAUGAUCUUAUUCAGAAGAUGAAUUGAGAAAUGUUACUUCAAGUGUUCUUACUUGACAGAGCUUUGGGUAAAGGUAUCGGGUGGCUACUUGGGUGCAUUGCUUGGAUGAAAGUGAUAUCUGAAAACUUUGCUAUAAAAUAUGGCUCCUCUUUUUCCGAUCGAUGUUCAAGAUUUUGAAUUUUGUUAGAGUCUAUCCAUCAAUGAUGGUUGUUCUGGAUUUGCA